GCAGGGAAGUUGGCGGGGGGGCUCUCUGUUUUCGCGGUCCUAUAAAAGGCCAGAUUAAUCAGAAUUCAAACCCCAGCCCGCCAUUUUUCCGCUUUUCUAAUGCCAUUUGCAGCGCCAUUCCCGCCAGAGCGGUUAGAUCCGACGGGCUUCUUCCCCAUGGCGACUUGCUGAUGCCGUCGCCGGAUUCAGACGUAUAAAUGGAGGAAGGGUUGAUCUCCGUCGACAAAUGGACGACGGUGAGUCAGGUUUACUUCCUCACUCACCUUCACUCGGAUCACACCCAGGGUUUGACACCAAAAUGGAGCAAGGGACCCCUCUACUGCUCCCCGAUCACCGCGAGGCUGUUCCCGGUGAGGUUUCCGGGCUUCGAUAUGUUGCUGGUUCGCGUUCUUGAGGCCGGUAAACCGCAGACCCUAACUCUGGUAUCGAGGAGCUCACAUUCGAAGGUUCUUGUUGAAGUAACUGCUAUCGAUGCUCGUCAUUGCCCAGGUGCUCUAAUGUAUUUGUUUCGUGGACAAUUUGGUUCUGUGCUAUACACUGGUGAUUUUCGUUGGGAGAUCGGAGAUAUGAAGGCUGUUGAAGGGAAAAAUAUUCUCCUUAAUGCCCUUGGUGAUAAGAAACUGGAUCUUCUUUACAUGGAUAAUACUUAUUGCAAUCCAUCAUUUUCAUUUCCCCCUCGUAAAGUUGCAGCUCAGCAGGUAGUUGAUAUCAUGACGUCCCACCCUCAUCAUGAUUUUGUCAUUGGUGUUGAUAAUCUUGGUAAAGAGGACCUGCUGCUUCACAUCUCGCAGAUGCUAAACACAAAGAUAUGGGUAUGGCCUGAACGUUUGCGAGUGAUGCACCUUCUAGGUUUCGAGGAUGCUUUCACUACAAAAACUUGCCUUACUCGUGUGAGAGCUGUCCCUCGUUACAGUCUGACAUUUGAAACCAUCGAGUCUUUGAACACAGUGCGGCCCACUAUCGCAAUACUACCUACAGGUCUUCCAUGGGGAAAAAAAUUCUUAGACCAAAAAAGCUUGAGCUAUUCAUGCGUAUCAUUAUGCAAGGAAGGCAGUGAUAUCUUUGCUGAAACUGGCCACUCAAGUGAAAUAUUUAAAUCGCCAAGAAAGUUGCACCAGCAUAUGUUUGCUGUCUCCUACUCAGAGCAUUCAUGCUUCAAAGAGAUUGAAGAGUUCCUUAAGUAUGUCAAUCCUUCCAGGAUAAGUGGCAUCGUUUCCUCAGCUUUCUGUUGCAUCAACCCACGCCAUUACUUGGAUCAUCUGUGCAAAGACGAGUCAGACAACCUCUGUUGCAAAGAUUCAAGGGGAAAGUUGGGCCUGUCUGUGGCUUGGAAAGCUGAAUCAGUCUUAGAGUGCGAUAAGGCCUUCGGAAUUGAUAAACAGAUAAACAUAUCUGGACUACUGAAGGGAUGUAAACUAAGGGCCGACUCACCAAAAGUAUUGGGUGUCCAGAGGAGCAUGAUAAGCAAAAUAAGAAGAAGAGUGCGUGGUGUGAAGAUUGACCACAAUGAUAACUUCUAUUGAUACAACCUGGUCUCUAACCUGUGCAUAGAAGUUUAAAAGCCAGGUGACUGGUGAAACGUUGGCACUAUUUGAAUUUCUUCUCUCUGAUUGAUGAGGUAACAGACGAAACUCAUGGACUAAAAUCUGGUGAAGCCGCAAAUUCUCAACUUCUGCAGCCCUAUGAAGAGCUGAGGUUGCUGAUUGGAGGACCUGAGCUUCUAUCGUCUUGCAACAUGGCACGAUGAUGUUGAGCUCCAUCGCAGUGACUCAAAUUGUGAAAGAUUGAGUAGUUGGUCAUGCAGUUUAUAGAAGCUUGGGUUCUGCAUGUUGGGCAUGUUCCUCACUAAUUACUAAAGAAGUUGACUCGUGUCCUGAAUGCUUGAAACAGAACAAUGCUUUGCUCAAGAUUGUCGUCUUCUUGCACUUACCGGUAACUUCUACUGCCUCGUAUAGAAGUGCAGAUCGACGAGUUCACAUGUGCUUCAUUGACAAAUAACUUGGACUUCAACAAGUAAGUCCAACACUAAAUUCCCAGUCACCAUUUUAAUUUAUUUUUUAGUAACUUGGAAUC